AUGACUGCAUGUUCACAAUGCGCCCUGCGGGACAUACAAUGCCAUGUGGAUGACUCGGAUGACGUUCGGAUUCGGCGGCGCCGCCAAACUACCGCUCGCGGAGGUAUUGUCGAAGUUGGCACUGGAGAUCUACAGCCUGCCCUAUCGCACCCAUCGCCAGGUGUGCGAGGCGAUUCAGCUUCACGGGUGGCCUCGGAAUCACAUAUUCUAUCUCCUUCCCCCGGAAAUGACAAUGCGGCACUAUCAAAUAUUUCGUUCGACAUGUUUGCUGAUAGUCCGUUUGCACUGAGUUUCGAUAAUAUGCUUUUCCUCGAUCAAAUUUUCAUGGGCAACUGCGGCCCUGCCGAGGAUAACAAUCAACGAGGCCAGGAUUCGCAGAAUCCCACUCCCACCUCCGACAUGACCCAGACAGACAGUCAAGAACAAGACGGGAAGGACCUUGUCUCUUCAAGUGAAGAACUUAGCGCAUAUUCCUGGAUGGGGGUCUCGGUAGACUCUGCAUUCUGCACGGCAGCACUGCGUUCCUAUUUCGAUUAUGCGGCCCCAUACCUUCCAAUUCUCCUCGCGGAUGCUUUUUGGGAAGACUAUCAUGCCAAUCGGUGCAGUGAAAUGCUUCUGUAUGCCGUUGCCUGCAGAGGUAUGCCCUUCAUUGAAGCUCCGGACAAAUGGAACCUCCAGCAACUUCUCGCAGCCACUUUCCGCGAACGGUAUCUCAGUGCUCGAAGCAACACAUGUGACAAUGAAACUAUCCGACUUGACGAUCUUGAAGCUCUUGCCCUGAUGAUCGAUUUUGAGUAUGAUGACUCAAGGAGUCUGCCACUCCUGUCGAAUCUUGCAAAACUGUUUCUUACCCAUGACGCGCUCGUGCUGAUGACGAUGAACUAUCGGAUUCUUGAUCAUGACAGCGCCAAUUCAACAUUACCAACAAAGCUCGCCAGGGCUAGCGAGCGUCGCGUGCUCCUCUAUUGGCACAUUUAUGGACUCGAUGCAUUUCACUGCCUUGACAAAAAGCAAAUGUCGCGUAUCCCAAACAAUGACGUUGGGGGUAGCGAGAACCUCUCGCUGCACGAGACUAAGGACUAUUUCGAUGCUCUUCUUGCGCUGGCUGUGAUAGCUCGUCAACUUACACAGACUUUGUGCAGCCCUUUUUCAAAACGAGAAGGCGUCAUCCUCAAUGACAUCCGCAAUUUGUACGAGCAACUAGAUUAUUGGAGGGACAGCUGCUGUCCGCGACAUCUACGGAGGUACACAGACAGUGCAGGUAGACCCAAUCCCAUUGAAAUUAACAAGCCAGACUCCAGUCGAACGGGGAAAUAUACCCACCUUUAUCGAGGGGUUUUAUGGACUCUGGAGCUACACUGUCGACUGAUGAUUGAAGACUGUGUAUCGGAAUUCGGUAUACAGGACAAAACAAGCUUGGAGGCCGAAGUACUCGCAAGACGAGUGGAAUAUGAAAGUUUGCGCGCAUUAAAUGAGAUGGUCAACAUAUGCCAGUGGAUGAAGCAGCACGAGACACAUCAUGAAGACCACGAGCGACAUUCUUUGAUCGAUCUCGCGCCAAAUAUUUUGCGCAACAUCUGCGCGGGCAUGUGCUAUUGGUCCUGCCAACGAGGGAUUGACCUUUGCGACAGCGGUCCCCCAAGGCUGCUUCAGUCCCGGCAUGCAAACGAUAGAGAAGAGAUUCUGAAGCGAAAAGUCCUAAACUAUGUGGAAAUCGCAAAGUUACUGCGAGAUGCUGCAGCGACCGCAGCAUCACAUCGAGAUACGGCGCACGUCCUUGAGCGAAUCGACAAACAGCGGGAGUUGCUUGGUUCCAGAUUGAAUCUGCUCUAG